UGCAAAUGCAAAUUUGAAUAUAUAUUCUGAUCCUUUAAAAGGGAAUAUAAAUUGUAAGAAUUAGUUUUUUCCUAGUCAUUGAAAAAUCCGGCGACUAAUAAAAAAAAAACAGAUUCAUCGCAUCAAAAGUUUAUCAUCAAUCUUAUCAACUAAUUCACAAAGCUAUGUUUCAUUAGGAAAAGUUUUAGUUGCAUUAUUAUUGUAUGUUUGUAUGUUUUUUUGAAAUUUUUCGCCUUUCUUUCAACCCCCUUUUUAUAUUUGAUUUAGGUCUAAGUUUUUUUUCCUAUUUAUUUCGAAUGUAUUUCCUAAAAUUUGUUUCUCCAUUUAAUUUAUAUCUGUAUACUCGACAUUUUUUUUGACUCUUACGUUCCUUCUUCAAUAUUAAAUAUUAAAAAAAAAAAAAAAAAAAAAAAAA